AUGGGCCUGUUUAACCACAAGAACAAAUCUGGUUCCGCCAUAGACGAAGCUGCCACCACCAACCGCGUCGCAGAAAAGCCCAAUGACGCCAGCGAUUCUACACCGGCCUCCUCGGCCACACCUGUGGCCGAAGAAGGAGUCCUUCCUAGAUACAAUCACAAUGGCCAUCUGAUAACAAAAGGCAUCCAUCCGGAUGGGGAGAGUGGUCGCCGCGGAAUACACCCAAUCCAAUGCUUAAAGGUCAUAUGGAUAUCAUCUUGCACCGUUUCGAGCUGGGUCAACCUCCUGUGGCCUUUCGUCCCCGCCGCAAUUGCCCUCCACUUUGUCCAGGGAGACCACCAUCUGUGGACCUUUGCUAUCAACUACAUCGCUAUGGUGCCUGCUGCCAAUCUGCUCGGUUUUGCUGGACAAGAGAUGGCGAGGAAACUACCCAAGGUCAUGGGCAUCCUCAUUGAGACAACUUUGGGAUCUGUCGUGGAGAUCGUCUUGUUCAUGGUCCUCGUUGUUAAAGAUGAUGGAACGGGCGAGACUGGGCCAGGCAAUAAGAUCGUGGUGAUCCAAGCCGCCAUCCUCGGGUCCAUUCUUACCAACCUCCUACUGUGCCUGGGGUCCUGUUUCCUAGUGGGAGGGUUAAGGCACAAGGAACAAACAUUCCACGCGGUCAUCAGUGAAGCGGGAUCGGGAUUGCUCUUGGUUGCAGGAUUUGCCCUCCUAAUUCCCAGCGCUUUUUACUCCUCUUUGAGUCGAAGCACUGUCCCAAAUGGGGAAGAAGGAUAUACCGUUUCACAGUUGCGCAGUGACACUCUCGACAUCAGCCAUGGCGUCUCCGUCAUCCUCAUCGUUGCCUUUGCCCUCUACUUGCUGUACAAUUCACUUUCGCACGACAACAUUUUCCAAGAAGUCCUCGAAGCCGAUGAAGAGGCUGAUCGAGACCGGCACAGAGACCUCAAAAAACCGAAGUUGACCAUGACCGAGUGUAUCACGGUCAUUGCCAUCGCCUUGACGUUCAUUUCCCUCAUUGCAGUCUUCCUAGUGGAGGAGAUCGAGUUUGUCGUUGCGAAUGGAGUGCCGGACAACUUCUUGGGUUUGAUCCUCGUGCCAUUGGUGGAGAAAGCUGCGGAACAUUUGACUGCCGUCGACGAAGCGUAUGACAAUCAAAUCAAUUUCGCUCUCUACCACUGUCUUGGGCCUUCCAUUCAGACGGCCUUGUUCAAUGCCCCCCUCGUCGUCAUUGUGGGUUGGGGUCUUGGUAAACCGAUGGAUCUGAACUUCGAGAUUUUCAUGGUCGUGCUUCUGGUGAUGUCUAUCUUGGUGGUUGGCAAUUUUCUCAGGGAUGGAGCUUCCAACUACCUGGAAGGCUCGCUGCUUGUGAUUGUGUAUGCGAUCAUCGCACUAACAGCGUGGUACUAUCCUAAUUCCGAGUUGACCACGUCCAACGGUAGCUCGGAAGGGACGCAAAGCAGCGGUGGAGAAAGCACCGAAGCGCUGGUCCAUGUCGUUAAAAUGCUGAUGGCUUGA